AUGGUGACUAUCUUUCGACUGUCCGUUCACAAGCUAAGGUGUGUCAGAAAUGAAUGGAAGAGUUUGAUGAAGGAGGAGGCCGCAGAGCCAUCUUCAACAGUCCCAGCCCCUCUUCCCGGGAAUUCUAUAUCUUCGACGACUAUCAAGCAGCCUGACGAUGACACUUUCGACGAUCAUGAUGAGGAAAUUGAAGCACUGCUUUCUGACCCCAAACACGAAAGCCCUAGGUCUUCUUGCAAGGCAAAAACGCCUGCACCUGUCGAGCAGUCCCCCAAAAAGAGGAAGGGCAAGAAAGUUGCAGCAAAUACAUCAAAAACCUUGAAGACUAGAACGGAAGAACAGUCUGAUGAUAACGAAGAAAACGAUGAGGCGGUCUCUUCACGUAAAAAACGUCGAAAAACCGACAACGAUGAUGCUAAACCGGAGAGGGAAGAUACGAACAGCAACAGCUUCCGUAAGACUGCUCUGAAAAGGGAUGAUGGUCAUACACUGGUCAAGCCUUAUAUCGACUCAUAUCGUCCAUCGUAUGAGGAUAACCGGAUUCGCUACGAGAGUAAUGGGUCCGUCAUUCGGCCGAAUCCAAGGCAUAAUACGCAAUAUUUUCAGAAUGCCCGACAGGGUCCGAAAAUACCUGAGGUACUCGACACGCGGCAGCAACCAGAGUCGGGUGCACGAACACCAUAUCAUGGUGGCAGAGAAACACAUCCUCCGAGGACUCCAGGACGACAGAACAUUGAACUCUCACCACCCCAGCAUAAUCCUCAGGGUCCGAAGAAUCCCCAAAAUCAGUACAACCAUUCAAAACAAGCUGGCGGAGCAAGAUGUCGAGCUUGGUCUCCUGCGAAUCGUUCUAGCCAGAAUUCCGGUUCGAAGACUCCUGGGUGGAACCAAGCCAGCCGUGCCUAUGAAGACGCUGGGUCAAACACUCCUGGUCAGUCCCAAAACCAUCGCCCUACUUCGGCUCCAAGGGGUCGGACUCCAGGUUACUUCGUCGACAACGAAUCUAGUCACUCCUGGAAGCAUGGAAAGUCGCAUUUCAACUCGCAACAAAGACGCAACGAGAACAACCAAAACCCCAACAACCAGCGACAACCAUCCUCUAAGCCGACGUUUACCGGUGGAACCCACCAUCGCUUCAAAGACGAGCAAGAUACCGCGCUGUUCGUUUCUCCAUGA